AUGGCUUCAAUUCUGAUAGUAGUAGAGAUUCAAACGAUUCGUUGCGAAAGUAUUAAAGAAUUUCUAACAUAUUCGAAAAAAUCCGCAUUCGCUUCCGAUCCGCAAUCGCUUAUGCCGACUAAGACUGAAAGGAUGAAAGGAGGCCCACCUAAGCGAGCCGACGAUUACCUGCAGCGCCAACGGCAACAAGGUCACCUGCUCGUGCAAGGGCGGCAAGGCCCCCGAGUCGAACUGCGAGGAGAGAUGCUUGCUGUGCAUGCCCGGAAAGUCUGCUCUGGAGGAGGCCAAGGCUCUCUUCAAGCUUGGAAAGUCGAAGAUCGAUGA